UUGAGAGAGCUCGCCUCGCGCGCCGUGUAGUCGCCGUUUACACGUUAGCGGGACCGGACGGACUUGUGCGCGUGAGUUAACAGUUAACGGAGCUCCGGCGGCCGCUCGCUUUCCGCUCUGCGCUGCUUCUUCUUUUGUUUUUGUUUUGUCGCUCUGUGUAAAAUGCGGUUCUGACAGAAGCCGGGCUGCGGGCGCCGCCGGCUCCUCCUGACCGGAAAAUGAAGCGUCUCUGUCGGAGGCUGGCGGUGGCCGUGGCGGUGCUGGUGUGGCUGGGAGCGCUGGUUUACCUGCUGGUGCUGAGCCGGAGGAGGCUGCCGGAGCUCGGGACCGGAGCAGGAGGAGGAGGAGCGGGAGCAGCAGGAGGUGGAGAGACAGCCUACAACCAGAUUUCAGAUGCAGAGUGGGAGGACAUGUUGGAGGGUUUCGAUGAAAGGAGUUACCUGAACGCUCGACGAUGGAAACCUGGUGAUGACCCCUACACACUGUACGCCUUCAACCAGCGAGAGAGUGAACGCAUCCCCAGCAACCGAGCUCUGAGAGACACACGACACUACAGAUGUACCACUCUUCACUAUGACUCAGAUCUUCCUCCAACCUCCAUCAUCAUCACCUUCCACAACGAGGCCAGAUCCACCCUGCUGCGCACUAUCAGAAGCGUUUUGAACAGAACUCCGGUUCAUCUCAUCCACGAGAUCAUUCUGGUGGACGACUUCAGCGAUGACGAAAGCGACUGCCAGCUUCUCACAAAACUCCCCAAAGUGAAAUGCCUUCGCAACAACAAGAGAGAAGGCCUGAUCCGGUCCAGAGUUCGGGGGGCUGACGCUGCAAGGGCAGGAGUCCUCACUUUCCUGGACAGCCACUGUGAGGUCAACAAGGACUGGCUGCCCCCCCUCCUGCAGAGGAUCAAACAGGACCCCACAUGUGUGGUUAGCCCAGUCAUAGACAUCAUCAACAUGGACACCUUCGCCUAUGUAGCAGCCUCUGCUGACCUCCGUGGAGGUUUUGACUGGAGUCUCCAUUUUAAAUGGGAGCAGCUGUCGCCAGAACAGAGGGCUCGACGGACUGACCCGACCCAGCCUAUCAAGACCCCCAUCAUCGCAGGUGGCCUCUUUGUGAUUGACAGAUCGUGGUUCAAUCACCUCGGCAAAUACGACACUGCCAUGGACAUCUGGGGCGGGGAGAACUUUGAGAUCUCAUUCCGGGUAUGGCAGUGUGGUGGCAGUCUUGAGAUCUUGCCCUGCAGCCGAGUGGGUCACGUCUUCAGGAAGAAGCACCCAUAUGUCUUCCCUGAGGGCAACGCCAACACCUACAUCAAGAAUACACGUCGCACAGCUGAGGUGUGGAUGGAUGACUUUCGGCUGUUUUACUACUCUGCUCGUCCUGCAGCUCGAGGCAAAUCCUAUGGAGAUAUCCGAAGCAGAGUGGAGCUCCGCAAGAAGCUCAACUGCAAAUCCUUCAAGUGGUACUUGGACAAUGUCUACCCAGAGCUCAAGGUCCCAGAUGACUCAGACUCUCAAUCUGGGGUGAUCCGACAACGGCAGAACUGUCUGGAGUCCCGCAGAGUCGAAGGCCAAGAGCUGCCUGUCCUCACACUGGCUCCCUGUAUAGGUACAGAGGGAGUCCCUGCAAUCAACCAGGAGUGGGUGUACACUCAUGGGCAGCAGAUCCGUCAACAGCAGCACUGUCUGUCUCUUUCCACCACUUUCCCUGCUUCACAGGUUCUGUUGCUGCCCUGCAACAUGGCUGACGGCAAACAGCGGUGGCAGAAGUCGGGGACCCACCUGGAGCACCUGGUGUCUCGGUUCUGUCUGGACUCGGAGAUGGCUCUGGAUGGGAUGGACUCCUCCCGAAUGCUGGUGAUCAGCCCCUGUGAACUGAGUGCAUACACACAGAGAUGGGAAGUCCCGUUCUCCUGACCUCUAACCCUGUGACCUGUCACCUCCAAAGACCCGUCCUCCGACCUAUGUACCACUUUGAAAUCUGAGCCCAGACUCCGGCUCAGACACAGUAUCGAUGCAUGAGCACAUCAUGCCAAAGUGCUGCAAUGAGCGUAGCUGAAAAGAAAAGUUGAAGACGUGGGGUUUGAUGGAACUGCUUUCAGUCACCAUGGAUCUUUGUCAGGUCUGAAUGAUCAAAGGUCGGUACUGGGUGUUAAAAAAAAUCACUCCAGGAAGAGAAUCCGAAAUGUUUUUUUCUAUGUUUCAGGCUGUUCAGAAGUGUCAGAAAGAGUCAAACCAAGUGCACCUUAAAACUGACCUGUCAAAGAUUUGAGUUGGACACAAACUUUGCUUGAGGUGAGAAAAAAAAACUAUAUGUGUUAAAUAAUAUAUUGCUUUGUUUUUAAGGAAGUUCAAGUAUCUGGGAGUGAAACCAAGCACAACUCAAGUUUUUAGUUUAUUUGGUACAAUAAGUGUCAUUGUUAUAAUGAUUUAGAUAAGAACAAGUAUUUUUGUGUCCAGACUCACCUGAACAAAGCCAGUGAAAAGGGUCUUUUAUGUGUUUGCUGUGUUAUAAGCUGAAGCAUGGACAGAAUCUGGUUCGCCACAAGAUGAUCCAUUAAAAUGACUCUAGAAGCUUUGUCUAUGUCCACGCAUGAUCCAUAUUUACCUGUUUGUCUGACCUGUCUCUACAUUCAACAUCCCAAAUCUGAGCCGUUCACUCAUAUGUGACUUAGAUUUGUUUUUUUAUCACAUGUUAAGCAGCAGAAAUCUCAUGGAAUAUGACCUUUUCGAUUCUGAUUUGGACCACUUUCAUGAUACCUGGUCCAAAGUCAUUUUCAGAUCUGAGUUUUUGGGUUGAAUUAAUGCAACACCUACAUCACUAGAUCUAUGUUUGUCAAAAUUAUGCACUUUCAGGAGUCAGUCAGUACAAACAAGAUGGAGAUCAUCAGUGAAAUCCACUUAUACUGAUCACAGUUACAGCACUGAACUACACAUAUGAAUCAAAAGGUAAAGUUAUCCAUAUACAGAUCCUGUUUAGGCUCAAAGCGUUCAUUUUGAGACUUUUUGUACCUGAAGUUGGUGAUGCAUGAACAAUGAAAUCAGGAAAAAGUCGUCAUUUUCUUCAUGAAAAGCAUAAUCUCCUUAUACAUUAUGACAAACUUAUUCAUCAGGCGAUAAAAACAAAUGUGCAUGGAGAACGGAUCUGUGGUUGAAUCUAGUGGACUGAUCUGGAUUCUGGUCAGAUCCCCCUGGGAAGUUAGACAUCAGAAAAAGGCAGGAACCAUGGGAGGGAAUGGUUUUAAAGUUCCUGUUGGCUGGUUUGAGGGAUGUAAAAAGAGAAACCAUGCAGGAACAUUUGUGUAUUUGUAUGGGAUCUGUUUUCUUUAGUAUAAGAGGCUCGUACAGAUUCUGAACAGUGAAUGCCACCAGUACCAUCAGCUAAGAGUGUAGGGUUUUUAACUAAAAUCACUUCAAAGUAAAUAACGUCAAAGUUAGUUCAGAGCCUAGUUUCAUGUGAUUCCUACAAAGACAGAAAGAAAACUGAAAAUAUGCACACAAAAAAGAGAAAAGUUGAAUGCUAGAAUUUCUCCUAAAUCACUUGUGCACCAUUUAACCCUUUAACCCCUGAGACUUUAUUCCAGGUAAACAUGCUGCUGCAAAUUUGCGUCUGUUUUAGUUUCAUAAAAGCUGCUGUGAGUAUGUGCUUGUGUUCCUUUUUUUCAGUGGUUUUGCUUUAAUGUGUGUUUUAGGGUCAAAACAGGGUGGAAUAACAGAAAAAGACAAAAAAAGAGGAAUUGAAGUUUGAAAGGUUUUUUACUAAAUAAGGCACUCAGAAUGUACAUCAAUAAGAGCUUUAGGAUGUUGAGCAUGAACUGUGAACUAGAACACACUGAA